CCUUAUGUCCCCAGCUGGGGGCCGAGGCAGGGCCCGGAACAGAGUCCGGCUGCCUGGAGCCGGCGGCGCGUGUCUGCUUCUCCUCCGGAUCCGCCGCCGGCGCUCGGUGCGCCCGGCCACCCGCGCCCCCAGGAUGUUGUCCACCUUCAACGAGUGGCUUUGGCAGGACAGGUUCUGGUUACCGCCCAACACGUCGUGGGCCCAGUUGGAGGACAGGGAUGGCCUGGUCUACGCCCACCCCCGGGACAUGCUGGCGGCCCUGCCCCUGGCUCUGGUCCUACUGGCCCUGCGCAUCACCUUUGAGAGGUUUGUUGGCCUGCCCCUGAGCCGGUUGCUGGGUGUGCGGGAUCAGACCAGGAGGCCAGUGAAGCCAAACGCCACGCUGGAGAGACACUUCCUCACAGAAGGGCCAAGACCCAAGGAGCCCCAGCUGACCCUCCUGGCCGCCCAGUGUGGCCUCACGCUGCGGCAGACCCAGCGCUGGUUCCGGAGACGCCGGAACCAGGAUCGGCCCCGCCUGACCAAGAAGUUCUGCGAGGCCAGCUGGAGGUUUGUCUUCUAUCUGUGUGCCUUUGUCGGUGGCUUCUCGGUCCUAUACCACGAGUCGUGGUUGUGGACACCGGCAAGGUGCUGGGACAAUUACCCAAACCAGACCCUGAAGCUGGCCCUGUACUGGUGGUACAUCCUGGAACUGGGUUUCUACAUCUCGCUGCUAAUCACACUGCCCUUUGAUGUCAAGCGCAAGGAUUUCAAGGAGCAGGUGAUACAUCACUUCGUGACCAUCCUCCUGAUGACAUUCUCCUACAGCUCGAACCUGCUACGCAUCGGCUCUCUGGUGCUGCUGCUGCACGACUCCAGCGACUACCUGCUGGAGGCCUGUAAGAUGUUCAACUACACGCGCUUCCGGCUCGUGUGCGACGCCCUCUUCAUCAUCUUCUCCCUGGUCUUCUUCUACACCCGCCUGGUGCUCUUCCCCACCCAGAUCCUCUACACCACAUACUACGACUCCAUGGUGAACCGGAGCCCCUUCUUCGGCUACUACUUCUUCAACGCGCUGCUGGUGGCGCUGCAGCUGCUCCACGUGUUCUGGUCGGGCCUCAUCCUGCGCAUGCUCUAUAGCUUUGCAAAGAAGGGCCAGAUGCAGAAGGACGUGCGCAGCGACGUGGAGUCGUCAGACUCGGAGGAGGAGGAGGAGAAGGAGGCAGCUCGGGAAUGUCCGCGGCUCAAGAACGGGGCAGUUCGAGGGCCCGGGGCAGCCCCCGCUGACGGCCCUCGGAGCCGGGUGGCCGGGCGGCUGGCCAACGGGCACACGCCGGCCACAUAGCCACUGGCCGAGAGGGGCUGCCUGGACUGGUGGCCCUUGGGCCAGCUCUAUGGAGACAGGGAGAGCCCCACCCGGCGAGGGCCGGGAGGGCCAGUGAUCUGUCUCCAGCCCUUUCCUUCUGCCCGUCCUCCCUCCCUCCUUCCCUCUGGGCAGCUGAACUGAGCCGAAAGGCAGGAGCCCCAGGCCGAAAGGGGUAAAAUAAAACUUGAACGGAGCCGAAUUCUCUGCAUGAGAACCUGGGUCCCUCCUUCUCCAUCCCUGGAGACCCUUGAGGGAGCCCAGCCUCUGUGUACAUACCCCGAUGAUGGGAUACUCACUGCCACCCAAGCAAGGAUGCGCACCCACUCCGGGGCCCCAGACAGCAGCAAGGCACAGAGAUCCCCCCUGCACCCAGGGGAGUCCCUGGCUCCCCAGCCGGCGCCUUAGACAAGCCACCUCCCUCCACCCCAGGGCAGCCCCUGGUCAGCACCGCGCAGACCAGGCUUGCAGAGGAGCUACUGAGCUCACAAAGUGCAAGUCCUCGGCCCAAGAUCACACAGAGGUCAUGGACUAAGCAGGAGGGGAGGCCCAUGCCUUUCCCUGCAGCCUCCUCAAGAUCAGUGAGAACCCCACCCUUGUGGUCCACCGGAGCCUCUCUGGGGACACUGCAGGGGAUGAGGGUAAAAUCCUACAGGCUUCCCAAGGGUCACUCUGGAAGAGAUGGGGA